CCUAUAAGGUGUGGAUUAUUUUAAGUAUGAGCACAUUAAACCUCAGGUGUGGGGAUAGAGGAGCAAGUCAGGUCACAGUUAGGUUCUGUCUUUUCCAAUGAGAUGAAAUAUCUACCAACUGAGAAGUAUUAAAGAAGCUAUGGUAUAAGUGCAUAUUUAAGGACCAAUUAAGUAGAUAUCAUCAUGUGAGAAAGAAAUCGCAGGCACACAGAGUAACUAUUUCCACCCAGUCCACCUUUUACCAAGAAAGGAAAAAAAGUACAGCAUGAAUCAAGGAGUAAGGAAAACUCUAUGACCGGUUUCCAUCUUGAUCAAACAAAGAUGUUCAAAAUGAAGUUUUUCAUCAGAAUUGGAACUGGUAUAGUGUUUGUGACUCUGAUUUUGAUAUUUUACCUGUAUUUUGGUAGAGAGGAAAGACUUCAACCACCAGAGAUGCAAAAGAACCCAGAUCUAAAACCUCCGUCCAAGACGGUCACCAAAACUCGUAAAACUGCCCUUUGGCCCCACAGUAUAAGAAAUUUGCAUGUUAUAAAAAGUCAAGAAGAGUGCACUUUUGCUGAGAAAAAACCUGCCAGAACAGACUUUACUUCAAUUGGAAUUUAUGAAGACAUUAAAAGUUUCACAUAUGUCUUUGAAGAUCAAGAUGUUAUGUCCAAAAUCAAAGAAAAAUUCCCAGAUUCAUAUACUGAACCCUUGAAGGUAAUUUUCAUACCACAUUCACACAAUGACCCAGGAUGGCUGGACACAAUAGAAGGAUACUUUUCACACAACACCCGAAAAAUUCUGAAUUAUAUGGUAGUGAAGCUUAAAGAAUAUCCGGAAUUCAGAUUUGUUUGGUCAGAAACGGUGUUUCUUGCAAUGUGGUGGAGUGAAAUUGGGGAAGGCAUGAAAGAAGAUGUCAGAGAUUUAAUCAAAGAAGGGCGUCUUGAAAUUUUGAAUGGUGGUUGGGUGGUGCCUGAUGAAGCUACAACAACCUACUUUGCCUAUGUUGACCAACUGAUAGAAGGACAUCAGUGGUUGGAACAGAACAUUGGCGUGAAGCCAAACAAUACCUGGGCCAUUGAUCCGUUUGGGUACUCAGCCACCAUGCCUUAUAUUCAUAAAAAUACUGGUUUUCAAAACAUGGCAAUCAUGAGGAUUAAUGCCAAUGUGAAAUCCUACCUGAGAGAUAAGCAAGGAUUAGAGUUUCAGUGGAGACAACAGUGGGAUGCAAAUGGGGAACAUGAUAUUUUCACUCAUGUUUUUCCUUAUCAGCUCUACAGCAUCAAACAUUCGUGUGGACCAAAUGUGUACACUUGCCUCAUAUUUGACUUCAGGAACAUACCUGGAGAAUUCAGCGAAGUCAAGGUUAAUCCUCUGACGGAUGAAACCAUAGAAGAGAAAGCGAAACUUGCAGUUAGCCAGUAUAGAAUGAAAUCCCAACAUUAUCGCCAUAAUGUCAUCUUUGUGCCAAUAGGGGAUGAUUUCAGAUACAACCAUCUUGUGGAAUGGGACCAGCAAUAUCAAAAUUAUAAAAAAUUGAUUGAUUUUGUGAAUUCAAAAGAAAACUGGAAUGUCAAGAUGCAAUUUGGAACCCUUAAUGAUUACUUUGAAGCCUUGAGGAAUUCAAAGAACUCAGAAAUUCAGAUACCAGAAACUUUUCCUUCCUUCUCUGGUGACUUCUAUAGCUACACUGACAGAAAUAAUGAAUACUGGACUGGUUACUUUACGAGCAGACCCUAUGACAAAGUUUUAUCAAGAAAACUGGAAUCGUCUUUGAGGGCUGCUGAAAUUUUGAACACCCUAGCAGUAAUGUACGCAGCACAGAAUACUGUGCAGUUUGAUACGCUAAAUGACAAUCUCAGAUAUCUCGUCAAUGCUCGUCAGUUGCUGGGCCUCUUUCAACACCAUGAUGCUAUCACGGGGACAGAAAGAGCAGCUGUUGUGGUGGAUUAUGAAUUCAGGUUGUCACAGGCUUUGUCUGACACAGAAGUCGCCAUGUUGAACUCUGCUUUAUUCCUUUUGAGCCAAGGGGAUGUUGGAAUUCACAGCAAACUGCCUCUGAGUUUUGCAGAGUUUAGGGAUUUCACAUCAGAAUUGCAUUUAGAAACAACUAUUCCCAACCCACUGGAUAAACUAUCCAUAUUGCCAGUUUCUGAAAGUAAAUCUCAAGUAGUUGUCUACAAUUCUCUCCCACAAAGACGACAAGAAGUUUUAAGACUUGUUGUUAACCAAAGACAUGUCAUAGUGAAAAAUUCAAAGGGAGUAACAAUUCCCAGUCAGAUUAACCCACAUUGGAUUAAUCUGUCCGUCUACAGCAAUGACAGAUUUGAAUUAGUCUUUGUUGUGGACAUCCAGCCCUUAGGCAUGGAAAUAUAUACAGUAGCUAGUCAGGAAGAAGAGGGGAAGUAUUUGACCAACGCAGUUGUGAAACUUUAUAAUUUCAAAGAGAGAAACAACUGGAAAUCUAAUAAGGAUGGGGUUUUUGAUGUAGAGUAUAUGGAUAGAGAUGUUAGUAAGAAUAUUACUUUUGAAAAUGACCGUAUUUGUGCAAACUUUAAAGCAGCAACUGGAAUGCUUCAAGGUAUCACGCUGAAUGCGGUUGCUACAGAAUUUGUGAUCGAUGUAGGAUUUUUAGCAUAUACAUCACAAGGAAGUGGUGCAUAUAUAUUUCUUCCAGCUUGGAAAAAUGCCGAGCCAUUGUUUAAAGGGACAGUGCCAGUUCGGGUCAUUAGAGGACCCAUUGUUUCUGAAAUACAUGUUGUGCAUGAUGUAGUUAUACAUGUUGUUAGAGUAUACCAUGACCAAAUUUUAGCCAGCAGAGGUUUAGAAAUAGUGAACAAAGUAGAUAUCAAACGUCUAGAUGAUAGAGAAAUCAUUAUGCGAUUUUCUACUGAAAUCCAGAAUAAUGAAAAAAUUGUCUAUUCAGAUUUGAAUGGAUUCCAGAUGAUUCAGCGAAAGUUCUUCCAGAAGUUACCUGCCGGUGCUAACUAUUACCCAAUGACUAGCAUUGCUUAUAUUGAAGAUGACCAGUAUAGACUCUCCCUCCUCUCAGGGCAGUCUCAAGGGGUUGCUGCUAGUCAAUAUGCUGGCCGCCUGGAAGUCAUGCUGGACAGGAAACUUCACUAUGAUGAUGCCAGGGGCAUGGGCGAAGGCUUAAAUGAUAAUAAACCUACUCAAAGUAGGUUCUUUCUCCUUUUAGAAACUGCUGGAGAUAUUGCCAAGCGCAGUCAGCAGAAUAGCUUGUCAUAUCCAUCUUUGAUUAGUCAUUCCAUUUCAGAGGUCCUGAAUAACAGGUUGUAUAUGUUUGUAGUCAAUAACAAUGAGGCAGCUAACAUUGCAGUUCAUCAGUUUGUUCCUCUGUCCAAGUCAUUUCCAUGUGAUGUUUCUCUUGUGAACCUACGUAGCUUGGUCACUGUCGAGCGGAAUUUCAAUGGCACUGCUGUCUUACUUAAAAGAAAAGGGUUCGAAUGCAGAUACCCAGAAGAUGGGCUAAGUUGUACAACUUCUAGUGGACAGAUUUCUCUUAAAAAGAUAUUUAAAUUUUGGAAGCCUGUCGAGUUUAGAGAAGUGACUCUAUCAUACAUGCAUUCUAAGUCUGAGCUAAGUUAUCAGCAGGACAUCCAUAUAGAGCCAAUGGAACUGAAGGCUUAUUUUGUAAAGCAUCAGUGAGGUAUUAGCAGAGGCCAGUUUCACAAAUAAAUUUAAGUCUGAAAAUUAGCCUAGUCUUUUACACCCCGUUUCCAUAGAUUUUUAGAUCGAUCUAUCCCUGUGGGGAGUCUCACUAGAUUACUGUCAGCUUGGCCGGCUUAAG